AAAAAGGCCAAACAACGCACAUUCUAAGGGUUGAGAGACAAACUCCAUAGUCCAUAUAUUUGAUAUUUCUCAUCCCUCCCAGAGAGAUAGAGAGAGGGAACAGUAUUACAGUAGUGUAAAGACUAAGUGAUUCACCUCUGGAACUCUGAAGUUCUGACCCCUCUCUCUCUCUCUCACUCUAUUAAGCGUCACUGUCGAAGACCCACCGACCGUCUAUCAUGGGAUCGCUUCCAUCCUUCCUUUGAUCCUCUUCUCUUCUCAGGCUGCCACUCCUUACUCCCCGCCUCCAUGAUUCUCUCUGUUUCACUCUCUCUGAGACUAAAACAGCAGACCCCAUAACCCUUCUCCAUUGUUACUUCUUUCUUUGUUUCUCUCUGCUGGCUCGCUCUCAUGGCCCGAAUUACUACUCCUUUAUGUCUCCUGCUAUUUCUCCUGUUUAUUCACAAUUCCUUCCAACAGCCGCUCAGCAAUGUCGAUCUCGGGGCCCUUCAGACCAUUAAGAACAGUCUAACGGAUCUCCCUGGCUCUGAUUUCUUCUCCACCUGGGACUUCAGUUCAACAGAUCCCUGCAACACAUUUUCCGGCAUAAUCUGCUCCCUGGACGACAAUGUCACUCCUCCUCUGCUCCGCAUCGACACUCUCACACUUGGCACCGGCCUCGCCGACUCACCCGGACUUACCGGCUCACUCACCCCUUCCCUUUCCAAUCUCGACGCCUUAACCCAACUCAUCCUCUACUCCGGCAUUGCCUCCGGUCCCAUCCCUUCCGAACUGGGCAACCUCAAAAACCUCCGAGUCAUCUCCUUAACCAACAACCGCUUAUCCGGUCCAAUUCCCACCACCUUGGCGACUCUUCCCAACCUACACACUCUCGAUCUCAGCGGCAACCAGCUCAGCGGUUCAAUUCCAGCGGGCCUCGCCGGGUUAACCGAGCUCAGAGUCCUGAUCCUGGCGUCCAACAGCCUCUCCGGAGAGCUGCCGGACGUGACCACUCAGCUCCUCCACCUGGACCUGAAGCAGAACAACUUCUCGGGACGGCUGCCGUCACUGCCGUCGUCCCUCCGUUACUUCUCCGUCUCCCAGAACCAGAUGUGGGGCCCACUCGACGCACUGGAUCCCCUCUCCGAGUUAGUGUACCUCGACCUGAGCAUGAACCAGUUCAACGGCAGCAUCCCAGAGUCACUGUUUCAUUAUAGGCUGUCAUCAAUGCUGCUGCAACGGAACAAUUUAUCAGGUGGGAUACCGAGAGCAGUGUCCGUUGAUGUCACAUCGUACGGUGAGGGCUCGGUCGUGGACCUGAGCCAUAACUUUCUGUCGGGAGAGUUAUCAUCAGUCCUGGCAGGUGUGGAAAGCGUGUUCUUGAAUAACAACCAUUUGAUGGGAAUCGUGCCGGAGGAUUACGCAAGAAGCGUAUACGAGGGCAACAUGAAGACGUUGUACCUGCAGCACAACUUCUUCUCCGGCUUCCCUUUGGAUUCCGGGCUGUCCUUGCCCGACUCCGUCUCAUUGUGCUUGUCUUACAACUGCAUGGUCCCGCCGGUGGGGCUCACAGCAUGUCCCGCGAGCGCCGGCGACCAGCUUUGGAGGCCGGCGUAUCAGUGCUCGGUGUACAACAACGGCACCACCGUAGAGGGUGAACCAUAGAGACUGACUUCAAUUGGAUUGUGCGUGAGUGUUUUCACUCUUUUCUCUUUUUUUUUUUUUUACCUUUCUUUAUAUUUGUGGGGUUUUUGUUGUCAUUUUUGCGGUGGUGGAUGUUUUGGUCUUGGGUGAAGGAUCUCUUUUGCUUGUUUUUUUUAUUAGUUCAUUCUGACCUUCUGUAAGGGAGGAAGAGUGGGAGAGUGAUGAUACAAAGGUAGGCACGAGGAGUGGUGUAUAGUGAGUGAGUGGGGAUUGUGGUUUGUUUUCAGUUUUUCCCUUCUUACUAUUAACAAGCAAGCAUGUUCAUAAAAGGUGGAACUAAGAUUGUAUUUGUAUGUGUUGUAAUUGGAAAGGGCAAAAUAUAUAAAGCCUUUUUUUU